AAAAGUUCUAAUGGUUAAGGAUGAUAAAUUUUAUGCAUGUCUUAAAUACAUCAAGGAAAGCGAAGGAGGAGAUGUAAAUCAUAAGAGCGACAGAGGUGGAGCAACAAGACAAGGAGUGAGCUAAAAUGCUUAUAAUCUUCAACAAAAAGAGUUGGGUAAUAAAGGUCCCUACAAGUCAGUAUUUGAUUUGAAAGCUUCAGAAAUAGAGGAUUUUUAUUAUUAUUAGUAUAAAAGAUACAACGUUGAUAAAAUUGACGACAUCAAUUCUAGGUACCUUUACUAUGACGCAUUGAUCCUUUAAGGACCUGGGAAAGCAGCUAAAAUGGCAUAAAGUGUUUGUAAUAUAAAGGUUGAUGGUUGUUUUGGCAAAAACUCAAUUGCCAGUGUAAAUUCUAUGAAUUAGAAAGAUUUUUAACUCAAAUUCACAAAUUAAAGAAGAGAGCAUUUUAAUAAUAUUGUAAAAAACAAUCCUACAUAAAAAGUAUUUUUUAAAGGAUGGAUCAAUCGAGUGGAUAGGAUUCUAUCAUAAAUCCAAAAUGGAACCAUUUAAUAAUAAUACAAUACAAUCUAAAAUCAAAGACCAUUAUAAUAGGAUAAAUUCAAUCAAUCGGCUUAAAAUCCUAAAGGAAUAGACUGCAGUGUAGAUGUCAGUGUGUUAAAUCGAAUAAAAGGAGUAAAUAGGAUGUCAGCAAGAUUUAUAAUUGAGAGUUAGGAGAACAUAAUCAUGUCAGACCUAGCUACUGUAUUAAGUGUUCUACAUGAUCCUAGCCUACAGAAUUAAUAUAAAAGUAUAUAAUUUAGUUUAGAUCCUAUAAUUUUACCAAAUCAAGAGGAGUUUUAAUAACAAUAAAAAGUGUGCUGGCCUGAUGCAUAUGUUGAUAGAAAUAUUGUAUAAGAUACCGAAUUGGCUACCAUCCUAUUUGAUGCCGAUUACUUAUUAAAAUUGAUGAGUCUGGGUGUUGAAGCAGAUGGAAAGACUCCUUUCAAUUAUCCGUAGGAAUUGCAAUAACUGGGAUUAAAAUCUUGUUCACAAAUGGGAUAACAAAAGUAGCAACGAUUGUUAUGCAGAUUUUGGCUUGUUCCAUAACAAUGUUUUUAUUCUUAAAUUAACAACAAAUACUUAAUAGAUGAUAUUAAGGUUGCCUGCUAAGCUAGGUAGAUGGAAAGAGUAGGUAAUAACUUACAAGAUAAAAUAUGCCAAGAUGUUAAUGAUUCAGCUUACUAAUUUGCAGCUAAAUUUACUUAGAUAUAUGAUACAAUAGCUAAAUACUAUCCAAUUUUUAAUAGGUUGAAGUAGUUAUUCAAGGCAGUAGCUUUGGGGAGAUGGAUGUAUGAAAAUAAUAUCAAGGCUAAUUAUUAAGAGAUACUAAGAUUUUGUAAGAAAGCCAAUAAUUCUCCAAAAGCAAUACCAAUUCUAAAGUAUGAAAAAUUGGGAGAGGAAAAUAAAACUCCUAUUUAUUUCACUCAGGCUGAAAAAUUAUAGGUGGCAAAGGAUUAUCUAAAAGAAAAGGGUCAUCCAACAACUUAAAACUACAUCGAUUAAAUUGUUAAACAGAUACCAGAUUUGAAGGGAUAUUCGGUAUCUUCGUCAGUGCAAUAUAGUUAAGGAGGAGUGAAUACCCAUUGUUAAAAUAUGAUUGAAUCUAAAUCUGAUCCUAAAGUGGAUAAAUUUAUAAAUUUGGAAGAAGUUGAAAUUCCCUUCUUCCCUUCAAAAAAGUGUAGUGCAUGCAAUAGAAUGAUUGAAAACCAUUUGUCGAAUUUAAAUCAAAAUCAAUGUUCUAUUCACAAUGACUACACUUGCUAUUUGUGUCUUGAGUUGAUCACAAAUUAGGAUUCUAAUCCAAAAAGUUGUGUUAUCAAUAAUUACAGAUACAUUUUUCAUUAGUCUUGUUAUAAUUAAUAUGAAACCAUUAUAAAUAGUAAUUAGAAUGAUGAAGAUUGGAAUUGA